AUGGACCCAAAAGCAGGCGCUAUCCAGGCGAGGCUGCAACAGCAGUCUUCCAUCUUCCAGAAGCUCGAAGGAGACCUCACAGAAGUCAUCACCGCCCGUCAACGUCUCGACUCGCAAUUAUCCGAGAACGAAGUUGUCUUGAAAGAGUUCACCCUCCUCAAGCCACACAAUACGGUAUAUAAGCUCGUCGGACCGAGUCUUGUCUCUCAGGAUCAGGCGGAAGCGAGGGGGAACGUAGAGAAGCGGUUGGAAUUCAUCAGGGCGGAAAUAAAACGGGUAGAGACGCAAUUGAAGGAGCAAGAGGAAAAGGUCGGCAAGAAGCGGGGGGAGAUCAUGGCGCUCCAACAGGAGCUUCAGGCUUUACAGCCGAGCGGUCCAGAAUAG